AUGGUUAGCUCUUGGCUAUAUUUUUUAAUCAAGAAAAGAAAGCUUGUUAAGCUUAAAGAACAAUUUUUUCAACAAAAUGGAGGGUUGAUUUUGCAACAACAACUCUCCAAUAAAGAAGGAUCUAGUGAAACAACCAAAAUUUACACUGCUAAAGAGCUAAACAAGGCCACUAAAAAUUAUGAUGCGAGUAGGAUUAUGGGCCAAGAAGGUUAUGGAACAGUUUAUAACGGAGUUCUACUAGAUCAUAGGAUUGUUGAAAUCAAGAAGUUCAAAACAAUUGAUAAAAACCAAAUUGAGCAAUUCAUUAACAAAAUAGUCAUUCUCUCCCAAAUUAACCAUAGGAAUGUGGUCCAAUUAUUGGAGUGUUAUUUAGAGACUGAAGUUCCCUUCUUAGUUUAUGAUUUUGUCCCUAAUGGCACCCUUUUCAAUCACAUCUAUCAUGAAAGCAAUGCAUCCACCGUAUCAUGGGAAACUCAUCUAAGGAUAGCUGUGGAAACAACAAUUGCAUUGUCAAAUUUGCACUCUGCAGCUCUAGUACCUAUAAUUCAUAGAGAUAUCAAAUCUACAAAUAUAUUGCUCAAUCAGGAUUUCAUUGCAAAAAUCUCUAAUUUUGGAACUUCAAGGUUGGUUCCACUAGAUCAAAUGCAAAUAGCCCUUGCAGUGCAAGGAACUCUUGGAUAUUUGGAUCCUGGAUACAUACAAACAAAUCAAUUGACGAAGAAAAGUGAUGUUUAUAGCUUUGGAACAUGGUACUCAUGGAGCUACUAA